GGUUAUGAUUUGCGCAUAGGAACUAACAUAACCUCACAAACUAUCAGUGUAGACAUUAAUUUUUUGUAAACAAACAACUACAUUAUAUUUAUAAUAUUAUUAUCAAUACUGCUGCUGUAGAGAGUAGAGAUCUGCUCUCACUUUCUUGGACAGAUUGAAUACCGUUUGAGAAAAAAAAAUGCCUCGCAAACAGUUGAGAAAAGAUGGGGAUUCAAAGAUCGGAUCUCGGAAGAAAAUAGCCAAACUAUCUCCAUCUGAUAAUAGAAAAGAUGAGUCCAAGUCCAAGAAUAAUUCUAAUACAAGCUUCAACUUCAAACUGCAAUUGAAAAUAUUUUGCUUCAACUGCGUGAUUUGCCUUGCUGCCUCCAUUUAUUUGUAUCCGUACUAUUUCUAUUUGAGAGAAAGACAUCUCGCCAAACAUACUGAUCACGUUAAUCUGCAAAGAGUAGAUGUUCCUUGUUCGGAAAAAUAUCGAACAGAAAUUGAGGCUUUUCCAGCACUUUCUAAUUUUAAAAUCUACAAACAAGUGAGAGGAAAAAUACAAUCUGCAAUCGCUCAACACUUUGGGAUCGACGAGAAAGUACUUCAUCUCACUCAUCCAACUUUUUUCUCUCGUCUCACAUCCAUCCCUCCCUCUACGCCUCACGAUGAGUACUGGCAUCCUCACGUUGAUAAGGAAACAUAUGAGUCGUUCCACUACACUUCUCUGCUGUACCUCAACAACUUUGGAGACGAUUAUACGGGAGGAAGAUUUGUUUUCAUUGAUCCAGAUAAUAGUACUCUAAUAGUGGAACCAAAGAAAGGACGAGUGUCAAUGUUCACAUCGGGAUGGGAGAACGUGCAUCUAGUGGAACGUGUCUCUUCCGGCACCAGAUACGCGCUCACCAUUUCAUUCACCUGUGAUGAGUCGCAUGCUAUCAAAGAUCCCAGUUGAAUAGUUGAACCUUGUUAUCGGUUAGCCACCAGUAAGCCAAACAUUUCUCAUUCAUUCCUAUUUUUAGCUACAAGACUGAUUCAACUUUGUGAUUUUCCACUAUAAUUAAUUCUUUAAAAAGUAAAAAUCAAAUAUUGGGAAGCGAUGGUCGCGCUGAUAAGCUAUCGAUUAGAUAAUUUGAGAUCCAUGCUCCACAUUUUGUGAGGGAGACACCCCCAAAUAUCAUUUAUUCCAUCGCUCCCCAGUGGUUAGGAACCCUCCUUAAACUUGGUUCCACUCAUAUCCCUUCUCAUUUCCCAAGCUCAAGCCCGGAGAUCAUAAAUAUAGGCAUAAUUCUUAGUAAAAACGAAGAAAUCAUUCGCUCAAUCUAGCACAAAUAUUGUUUUAAGCAGUUGAAAAAUAUUUCUAUAUAGAUGAUUUUUCUUCAACCUUUUCCUAGUUAGCAAAAUUGCUUAGUACUAAUAUUAAGGAUGGCUUUGUCAUAAGUGGGUCUUUGCCUUUUUAAGAGUGAUCGAAGUCGUUCACCCUAAAGAUUAAAGUCUUUGAAUAAUCAUUCCUACUACUUUCUGAGUAGAUUCUCCACCAGAAUAUAUAUUCUUUAAUUGGUUCUUCAUCUUUGAAAGUGAAGAAAUAGUUGAAUGAUCUCCAAUAGAAUUAUUAUUUUAGAAUAGGGAAGAAGAGACGUUUUAUCGGUACCUUGUUUUUGUUUCUUUCUGUGCUGAUAAAAAGAUUGAUAGCUACCCCAAAUAUUGCCAUAUUUGGUGCUCAUUCCAACUGUAUUCAUUGUUAUUAUAUCUACAAACGUUACACUUCUACUCCUUUUGUAUUAUUACUUCAUAAUAUUUUUUACGCUUAAAUCUUCAAAUCUAGUGAGUUUUACGGUAAUAAAUAAAUUUGUGCACUUCUAACAGAAAGCAGUUGAUGAAUAAUGCAAUGAAAAUUUGUGUCAAACAGUUUUUCUGUAAUCACUGUAAUUGUUAUGAAUCUCAAGAUUUGUACUUUUAAUAAAUAAAAUAAGUGUUGUUGAAU